AUGGUCACGAAUCCGUUUAUUGGUCAUUUGGUGCCUUUGGUUGGCCUUAACCGGCUGUACAAUUUUGGCCUGGUUACUGCCGGCCUUACUACCAUCGUCUUCGGCACGCUCAAUUACAUCGCAGACACUUCUACGUUCGUGGCGGCUUGCUACUUGGUGAGGCUGGUGGAAGCCAUUGGCUCGGAAGCUAUUACCAUCUGCGGCUUCACCAUCGCUGGCAGCCAGUUCCCCAGCAGAGUGAACAGGGUCGUGGCGCUGAUGAUCUCAUCUCUGACAAUCGGCCUAGCGUUGACGCCGGCGAUCUGGGGCGGCUUGUUCGCCCUCGGUGGCUUCGGCACACCCUUCUACACGCUUGGCGUCAUCAUGCUGCUGAUGGCGGCUCUCAACCUGCGCCUCAUGCCGACCAUCCAGCAAGCAGCCAACGGAUCUAGCACGAACUUCUCGAAGACUCUACGUCUUUUUGCCAAGUCGACCGGCAACUGGGCCUGCAUGGUGACCGUGUUCGCGUGUUAUGUGCUGAUCAUGCUAAUGAAGCAGUCCUGUAUGACGUCUCUUUGCACGGCCGGCACGCCUGAUCCCGUCCGAUGA